GCUCCUCCCCAAGUUACAUUCCAGGGACUUGCUGCAACUUCCCUGCAAAAUCUCCAAAAUGGAGACGCUGCCACCUCCUUACCCCUUAAAAUGUUCUUCCCCAAAGGCUAAAGUGUUCCUGGUCUUCUUCUCCAUGGUUCUGUGUACGGCAGUGCUCUUUAUUUUACAGUUAAAGCUUUUUAAGCCCAAAGUGAAAGACUUUUAUUCAUAUGAAGUGAAGGAUUCCGUGGGGAGGACAGUGUCACUCAGCAAGUACAGAGGAAAAGCAUCUCUGGUUGUAAACGUGGCGAGCGCCUGUCAGCACACAGAGCAGAACUACAGAGGACUGCAGGAAUUGCAGAGAGAGUUUGGGCCGUCCCACUUCACUGUCCUCGCUUUCCCCUGCAAUCAGUUUGGAGAAGGAGAACCAAAUCCGAACCAUGAAAUACAAUCAUUUGCUAAAAGAAACUAUGGCGUAACAUUCCCAAUAUUCAGCAAAAUAAGAAUUAUAGGUUCAGAAGCAGAACCUGCGUUCCGUUUCCUUGUAGAAGCAACAAAAAAAGAGCCAAAAUGGAACUUCUGGAAAUACUUGGUUAACCCACAAGGCCAAGUGGUGAAAACGUGGAGACCUGAGGAGCACGUUGCCGAUAUAAAGACUGAAGUGGUAUCUAUUGUCAGAGAAAUUAUUAAGAAGAGGAAGGAAGAUCUUUGAAGUUAUAAGCAGCUUCUCUGACUGGACUGUCUACAGCAGGAGUCAUAGGAAGCUUUGGGUUUUUUUUUAGUUUUUUUUUUACUGUGUUUUUGAGGUUUUAAUUACUGUUAAAACUAACUCAAUUUUCAUUAUUUUUGACAUCCUACUUAAAGAGCGGUUCAAUCCAAGCAAAGGUAUUUAUUUAGAAAGGGAAAACGCCACUUUCAUUGACCAGCUUAAAAGGGCCUUAUUAGUGAUGCACGGUUACUACGUCCCAGCAACCAAUCAGAUUCCAGCCAUUAUUAGACUCCACCAGAAUAGUAGCGUGUCGCUAACUGCAAUAGGUAACUGCACAUCAUUGAUAUUUGCACUAGGGCCCUCAUUCCGAGUUGAUCACUCGCUAGCUGCUUUUAGCAGCAUUGCACACGCUAGGCCGCCGCCCUCUGGGAGUGUAUCUUAGCUUAGCAGAAGUGCGAACGAAAGGUUAGCAGAACCGCUCGUGAAAAUUUUCAUGCAGUUUCUGAGCAGCUCCAAACCUACUCCUACCUUGCGAUCACUUCACUCAGUUUAGUUCCUGCUUUAACGUCACAAACACGCCCUGCGUUCGGCCAGCCACUCCCCCGUUUCCCCAGGCACACCUGCGUUUUUACCUGACACGCCUGCGUUUUUUAGCACACUUCCGGAAAACGGUCAGUUACCACCCAGAAACACCCACUUCCUGUCAAUCACUCACCGAUCAACAGAGCGACAGAAAAGCGUCGCUCGACCUUGUGUAAAACUGCAUAGUUUUGUGUGAAAGUACUUCGCGUGUGCAUACUGCGGCUCAUACGCAUGCACAGUUUUGCCGUUUUUUUACCUGAUCGCUGCGCUGCGAAAAUCAGCAGCGAGCGAUCAACUCGGAAUGAGGGCCUAUGUUACUUCCAAGGGGAAUAUUUAUCAAAGCGUGGAGAGAUAAAUCACUAUUCAGUCAGCUCCUGCCGUUUUUCAAAUUUAGGGGGACAUUUACUAAGCAGUGAUAAGAGCGAAGAAGUGAGCCAGUGGAGAAAUUGCCCCAUCAACCAAUCAGCUGCUCUGUAUAAUUUUAUAGUAUGCAAAUUAUAGGUGUUACAUCAGUGCUGAUUGGUUGCCAUGGGAAACUUCUCCACUGGCUCACUUCUCCGCUCUUAUCACUGCUUAGUAAAUGUCCCCCAUAGCCUGUAAUGUGAUAGUUAGAUGCUGAUUUGUUAGUGCAUUAUUUCUCUCCACUUUAUCUCUCUCCAUGCUUUGAUAAAUACCUCCCUAAAUGAGCCCGAUAGAGCCUAUUACCCUGGAGCAGGCUUGCAGUUCUCCAGCUGUUGUGGAACUACAAGUGCCAGCAGGGACUUUUAUUUCCCACUAUUGAAGAAUCACAGGUUGCCUAUCUGUGCCCUAGAGUGUGACUGUGUGGAUUACGUAAUUGUCAAGACCUUUCCCUUUUAAUUAGUUGUGGAAGUUGCACAUAAGACGUCUGGCCAACAAGUGUUUAAAUGGUAUCUUUAAUCAUAAACUCUGGUCACUCCGUUACCAAAGAAGACAUCAACAUAACCAAAACGAGAAAAUGUUGUUGCCUUUCUGGAGGGAGCCUACAAGCGGUGCUAAGCUUCCUUGGAGUGCGGCGACAGUUACCAGCCAUAGAACUUUGUGAUAUCUGUGCACCUGCUGCUUUCUAGAUGGAAAAUCAUGUUGUGAACAUGAAGUGUGUGUCUCAUGUGUCUGUGCUGAGUAAAACAAGAGUAUUUCAGUG